GGGCUGCCAGGGGCCCCUUCAACUGGAUCACUACCCCGGGCUCUCAUUGCAAGACCACCAGCCGUGAGUAACUGGGGAUUUAUUGAACCCAUGUGUCUACCUGCUCAGAGUACAGAUUGCUAGCCUACACUGGGAUGUAAUUGGAUGUGUGUUACCUGCUGGUUUCUGGAGGUGCCCUCCUCCCAGAGUAAUCCCAGGCUGGUGAAUAUAGGUAUGGUGGCAGGCUGAGAAGGGGACAGACAGGGGACAAGGACACCCUGCCAUUCUUUGAGAAGACCCUCGCCUCUACCAUUCAUUGCUCUGCCAUGCGCAAACCAUGAAUUACGUUGGGCAGUUAGCUGGGCAAGUAUUUGUUACUGUAAAAGAACUAUACAGAGGCCUGAAUCCGGCCACACUUUCAGGAUGCAUCGACGUUAUUGUCGUGAGACAGCCCAAUGGCAGCCUCCAGUGUUCACCCUUCCAUGUGCGCUUCGGAAAGAUGGGUGUGCUACGUUCCAGGGAGAAAGUGGUCGAUAUUCAGAUUAAUGGAGAAUGUGUGGAUUUGCAUAUGAAACUGGGAGACAAUGGAGAAGCAUUUUUUGUUGAAGAAAUGGACAGUUAUGAGGAAGCUAUCCCAUCACACUUGGCUACUUCACCAAUAUUACUAGAAGGAGCAAGUCUAAUGGAGUCACAACUGAAGAGGAGCUCCAUGGACUGGUCAAGGAGUACAGACUCAGCUGGAUCCUCGCAGGCACCGGUUGGUAUGCAUCUGGGACUGGCUGGGACAGAAAACUCUUCAAGUAGCUCUGUUAAAAAAAGACGAAAACGAAGAAGGAAAUCUAAGCUUGAUAACCUGAAAAGAGAUGAUAAUGGUGACACCACUGAAGAUGAGGACAUGUUCUCUAUUGACAUAAGUUCUGAUGAGGAGACUGAGUCGCUAGAAACAGCCAGAUCAUCUGUCCAGAACAGCUACAGUGAUAGAACAUUAGAAGGAAAACCUGGACAAGUCGGUGGUUAUGUCAUAGGGGACAUGUACCAUCAUUCUGACGGAGAAUAUUUGCCCCUGCAAAGUAUGUCAAUAGAACACAGAGGGCCGUCUCAUCAUCCUGUUCCACCCGAUGGAUGUCAAUCUAGUUCUUGCCCUCAACAAUCUUCUUUCUUCUAUGCUUCUUACAGUCCACCGGGCUCCCGUCCCUCCACUCCGAAAAGUGACUCGGAGUUGGUCAGCAAAUCUUCAGACAGAGAGGCUAAUGAUAUUCCCAUGCACUGGGCCUGGGGAGAGCUGCCUCAAGCUAAAAAGUCCUCUCCACAUAAAUCUAAGGAACCUACGGUUUUGAACAUAAAUCUCUCGGAAAGCACACACUUCAGGAUCAUCCCAAGCUCUCCUGAUGAUGUCAAAGUGUUAGUUCCAGAACCUGUUCUAGACCUGCCUGCUGCAGCGAUUGUAGAGGAUGUUGGUCCUGAUUCUGUCCUGACUUACACGGGUGAGCCAGAUGUUGGGACUCUGGGAGCAGCUGCACCUGCUCUUCUCACAGAUGAAGACAACAGCCCCACAACCAGCGGUUGUAGCCAGCCGCCGUUUGGCAAAACUGACUCGCCAUCAAAGAAAAAAGAUAAAAGAAGUCGACAUCUGGGAGCAGAUGGCGUCUAUUUAGAUGACCUCACUUGUAUGGAUCCUGAAGUUGCUGCAUUAUAUUUCCCAAAAAGUGGAGAGGCAACAGGCCAAUGUAGAGGCACCAGUGAAUAUGGACCACGUUCAGCUAACCAGUCUCCUCAGUCUGUGGGAAGCUCUGGGGUGGACAGCGGGGUGGAGAGCAUCUCAGAUGGACUCCGGGACCUACCCUCCAUUGCAAUAUCCCUUUGUGGAGGCCUUAGUGAGAACAAAGAAAUAACAAAAGAACAGUUUUCAGAGCAGGUGGUAACAUAUCAGCAGUUUGUGGAGAAUCCUGCGAUCAUCGAUGAUCCCAACCUCGUCGUGAAAAUUGGAAACAAGUACUACAAUUGGCCAACGGCAGCACCUGUUAUAUUGGCCAUGCAGGCUUUCCAGAAGCCAUUACCUAAGGUUACUGUGGAUACCCUUAUGAGAGACAAGAUGCCCAAAAAAGGAGGAAGGUGGUGGUUUUCAUGGCGUGGGAGAAACACAAAUAUCAAAGUGGAAGCUAAGACAGAACAGGGAUUAAUCGGAAAAGGACCUUUUAAUGGAGAGCAAGCUGAAGGGACAAGCAUGGAACAAAGGAUAAAGGAUGAGUCGUCUUCAAGCGAUGAAGAUCCCAGAGCAGCUAAACAAAACAUUGGCUCUCUGCAGUCAACCCAGAGUCACCUCUUAUCCUCUAACGUCACAUAUAAAAAGACACUGCGGCUGAGUUCAGACCAGCUGAAAAGCCUUAAGUUGAAAAGUGGUCUCAACGAUGUGGUAUUCAGCGUCACUACUCAAUAUCAGGGUACUUGUCGAUGUGAAGGCACCAUUUACUUGUGGAACUGGGAUGAUAAGAUCAUAAUUUCUGAUAUUGAUGGGACCAUCACCAGAUCAGACACCCUAGGUCAUAUUCUGCCAACACUUGGGAAAGACUGGACACAUCAAGGAAUUGCAAAGCUGUAUCACAAAGUUAGCCAAAAUGGCUAUAAAUUUCUGUACUGCUCGGCCCGUGCUAUCGGAAUGGCAGACAUGACCAGAGGAUAUCUGCAUUGGGUAAAUGAACGAGGGACGGUUUUACCACAGGGACCUGUUCUCUUGAGCCCCAGUAGCUUGUUCUCAGCCUUACACAGGGAAGUGAUUGAAAAAAAGCCUGAAAAGUUCAAGAUUGAGUGCCUCACGGACAUCAAAAAUCUCUUCCUGCCAAACAUAGAGCCAUUCUAUGCUGCAUUUGGAAAUCGUGCCACUGACGUUUACUCGUAUAAGGAAGUGGGAGUUUCAUUAAACAGAAUAUUUACAGUCAAUCCUAAGGGAGAGUUGAUACAGGAGCAUGCAAAGACCAACAUCUCCUCCUACGUCCGACUCUGCGAGGUGGUAGAUCAUGUUUUUCCUCUGCUGAAGAGAAGCAAUUCAUCUGAUUUUCCCUGCUCAGAUACAUAUAGCCAGUUUACAUACUGGAGAGAACCCUUGCCACCAUUUGAACAUCAAGACAUACAUCCAGCAGCGUCUUAAAAACACAUGUAUACAUAUCUAAUUAUGUAUAUUGAUUCUAAACGCAAGAUGUCAGCGGACGACAUUGUGAAAAGCUCUUAGUGAGAGAGCACGUCGUUCAGCUCUUUGUAAGCGUUAACUUAUCCAGUACCUCUAAAAAGGUGAAGAAAAGGGUUCGUUUCCAUCCAAAAUUUCAUGUGCCCCACAUUGCAAACAAAGGUUACUGAAAUCAUUAUUUUGAUGGGAUUAUUCAACACGGAGUCUUAUUUUUUUGUAUUUUCCUAGAAUUAUUUUAUAGAAGGAGAAAAUGUAUUGAUUGACAUUAUUAAUUUGCACUUUAUGCACACAUACAGCUAUGCUAGAAGAUUCUGCUACUUUCUACGGAAUUGAAAUUUCAGCCUCUAUUGCAGCUAUAUCUCUCUUACUCCAAACCUUCCUUAAAUUCAAUUCCCACAUGACAACAGUUUCAAGACUCCAAAACUCUACUAUGUAAAAGCUAGACAAUUAAAGCUGCUCCGACAGUCAUUUCUAAGUAUCAAACACAAAUUUAGUGACAUGGGUAAUAAAAGGUAUAUUUUUAUAAUUAUCGAACAUCCUAUAGUGUAUUUUCCAAUACAGGUAUUAUAUUUAUGUCUGCAGGUGGCAGUGAGUACACAGUGCAUCAGAAAGCAGUUUAGAGCUUGAUAAAAAAAACAUUUUGGUGUUUCAGUAUAUUAUAGAUUUACUAUAACAGUACAUUUUGGCUUCACAUGUAACUACCAAUUAAUACUGGUUAUGGAGAAAUAGUGUAUAAAUGCUUAGUUUUCUAACUGAGAAAAACUUUGUCAAGCUGAGAUUUCUGCACUGAUUUUUUUUUCAAGUAAUAGUGAUAUUAUUUAAGGUGAUAAAUAAUAUGUAUCAUAACUGUUUGAUAUGUGCUAAACACAACUUAUUACAAAAAGCUACAUGUGCAGGCUAUUAUUCUUAGUCUUUAGUCAUGUAUGUUCACUUGCAACAUACACAUGCCUGAAUGCUAAAACUGAGAGUAGCUCCUUAAGGCUACAUGUUCAUCCAACGCAUUUCACUGAAAAAAAUAUACAAAUCCAAAUGUUCUUUAAAGUUGCAAUAUAUGGUUUGAUUGCUACAUUUUACAACAUAUUGUACGUGUCUUUUAAAGGAAUUGAAGUGACAUAAUUAAGCAAGAACUCUCUUGCCAUAUCCUAAAUUACUUUUCUGUUUUAAGUGCCCUGAAGGCUUUUCACUAGUUGCCAAGAACCAACCCCUUCAGAUGCAAAAUAUUGCAUUUCACAAUUAAGCAGAUUAUGUAUGUUGCCCAAUGCUGGAGUAAAUUACUGGAUUCCAAAUGCAAAAAUGGGAUGUAUACAAAACAUAUUCUUUCUGUGAAAGAAAAUGAAUAGACGGCUUACAUAGUAAUGCUGGUUUUUGUUACAAAUAUUUUCAUUCUCAUCUAUAUAAUCAUUUUUUUUUUUUUUUUUAAAUCAGACAUUUGCACCAAUUUUUUUUUUUUUUAAAUAUUUUUUUUGCCUUGUAUCUAGGUUAGAUUAGUGGGAUAAAUAUUACAAUAUCAUGACAUUAUUACUGGAAAGGUCGUAAAAUUGGGUGUGCACGUGUUUAAUAUGAGCUAUAUAUACCCCAAAACGUUAAGAACUAACUUAAGUGAAUUUAGAUUUAAAGUCUUACAGAUAUUUUAACACUGGUUAAUCUUGGAC